GCCCGCCGGGGUUAAUGCGAUGUGAAAGGCAAGGCUGGCACACGGGGAAAGCCAUCUUGGUGCGCGUCUGCGAGCCGGCACUGCUGUUUCAUAGGCUCCGGCAGCUGCUGCAUGGCCCAUGAUGCUCGCCCGCGCCGUCCCCCCCUGCCUCCCCGCAGCCGGCUAAUGAAUCAUUCCUAGCCGAGCGCCGGCGGUGCCAACACGCCGAUGCUGCCGCCGCCGCCGUCCUCUGCCCGGCUCUGAGCUCACACGGCGACUGCGGCUCGCUCCGGGCAAUGAUCUCGCUCGGCUUCGCUCGCUUGGAAGGAAAAUAAACUGAAAGAUGCUGUGCAAGAAAAGAAUCGCCUGAGCCUUCAAUAUGCAAGUGUGUCCCACAAAGCACUGCAAUAUGACCAGGUAAAAUCAGACUAUGACCAUCUUCGAGAAACCCUUCUCAGAGUGACCAAAGAACGAGAUUUGGCUGUAAAGGGAAAACACCAGCUCCAAGCCAAGCUGGAGAACUUAGAGCAGGUCCUAAAGCAUAUGCGAGAGGCUGCUGAACGGCGGCAACAGCUGGAGUUGGAGCAUGAGCAAGCCUUGGCUGUCCUCAACGCCAAACAGCAGGAAAUUGAGCUCCUGCAGAAGGCUCAGGUUGAAGCUAAGAAGGAACAUGAGGGAGCAGUUCAGUUGCUAGAGAACACCUUGGACAGCAUGCAGGCCAAGGUCCGAGAGCUGGAGGAGAAAUGCCGGACGCAGAGCGAGCAGUUUAACCUCCUGUCCAGAGAGCUGGAGAAGUUUCGGCAGCAGGCAGGGAAGAUUGAUCUCCUGAGCAGCAGCACGUUGGCAUCCUCAGAUAUCUCUGGUUCUCCUGGUAAAUCUCUAUCCCAGUUAAUGAAUGGAAUAGCCACUUCUAUAGGCAAAGUUCAUGAAAGUCCUUCUGGAAGUCGCUGUGUGAUUUCAGAGUUUAUACGACCCCUCCAAAUAUCUGGAGACAAACCAGAACAACUGUCUGUCAAACCUACAUUCCUGUCCAAGUCAAGAUCUGGUACCCCAAGAUGCAGAUUUGAUUCAGACAUGGAUAAUGAUCAGAAUUCCAAUACCUCAAAGCAGAGAUAUUCUGGGAAAGUCCAUCUUUGCAUUGCCCGUUAUAGUUACAACCCUUUCGAUGGACCAAACGAAAAUCCAGAGGCAGAGCUCCCUCUUACGGCAGGAAAGUACCUGUACGUGUACGGAGAUAUGGAUGAAGAUGGUUUCUAUGAAGGAGAACUUCUGGAUGGACAAAGAGGACUAGUCCCUUCAAAUUUUGUGGAUUUUGUUCAAGACAACGAGACCCGGUUAUCGAGCACAUUAAGCAGCGAACAAGAUCAGAAUUUUAUCAACCACUCGGGUCCCACUUUGGAAGGAGAUCUCUUGGAGAUAAGUCCACCAAGCCACAUAGACUCCAGUGUGGUCAGCAACGGCGCGGGGACUCUGGAUGUGAACAUUGACGAAAUUGGAGAAGACAUUGUGCCUUAUCCUAGAAAAAUCACCCUUAUUAAACAACUAGCCAAAAGUGUCAUUGUGGGCUGGGAGCCACCGGUAGUGCCACCCGGCUGGGGAACCAUCAGCAGCUACAACGUUCUGGUCGACAAGGAGAUCCGGAUGAACGUCGCCUUGGGGAGCAGAACCAAAGCUCUCAUAGAAAAGCUCAACAUUUCUGCCUGUACCUACAGAAUAUCCAUCCAGAGCAUCACCAACAAGGGGAACUCCGACGAGCUGCAGUGCACUCUGUUGGUCGGGAAGGAUGUCAUAGUGGCCCCCUCUAAUCUGAAAGUGGACAAUAUAACCCAGAUUUCUGCUGAGCUGUCCUGGCUCCCUACAAACAGUAAUUACAGUCAUGUCAUCUUCCUUAAUGAAGAAGAGUUUGACAUUGUCAAGGCUGCUAGCUACAAGUACCAUUUUUUUAAUUUGAAGCCCAAUAUGGCCUACAAGGUGAAGGUCAUGGCCAAGCCCCAUCAGAUGCCCUGGCAGCUUCCCUUGGAGCAACGAGAAAAAAAGGAAGCCUUUGUGGAGUUUUCUACGUUGCCAGCAGGUCCUCCAGCUCCACCUCAAGAUGUCGUUGUCCGGGCUGGGUCCACGCCAGGGACCAUCCAGGUGUCCUGGAAGCCCCCGACUCUGACGGCCACGGGGACGUCCCACGGCGCCAACGUCACAGGUUACGGUGUUUAUGCGAGAGGGCAACGGGUGGCAGAGGUGAUCUUCCCAACAGCAGAGAACACGCCGGUGGAGCUGCUGAGACUGAGGAGUUUGGAAGCAAGGGAAGUCACUGUUCGAACGCUCUCUGCACAAGGGGAAUCAGUGGACUCUUCUGUUGCUGCCAUUCCACCUGACCUCCUGGUGCCUCCAACCCCUCACCCCAGAACUGCUCCCAAAUCUAAGCCAUUAGCAAGUGCCGGAGCCCCAGAAACCAAAGAAGAACAUUUAGGCCCACAUUUAAAAAGGGAUGAGUCGUGGGAGCAGACUCGUUCGGCAUCCCCUGUCCAUGGACACACACUUGAGCCCCCCAACUUCCACAGCCACGGGAGGAGGUCUCCAUCUCCCAACCGGAUACUCCCUCAGCCCCAAGGCACCCCCAUCCCCAACACCGUCGCGAAGGCCAUGGCAAGAGAAGCUGCACAAAGGGUCGCAGAGAGCAAUAGGAUGGAGAGGAGGAGCGUGUUCAGCGACAGGAGCAGUGCCCAGUACGCCAACUCUGAUGAGGAGGAGGAUGGCUAUGAUUCCCCCCAUGUCAAAAGAAGGGGAGCUUCAGUGGAUGAUUUCCUAAAAGGGUCAGAGCUUGGAAAGCAACCUCACUAUUGCCACGGGGAGGAGUACCACACAGAGAGCAGCAGGGGCUCGGACUUGUCUGACAUCAUGGAGGAAGAUGAGGAAGAGCUGUACUCGGAAAUGCAGCUGGAGGACGGAGGGAGGCGGCGGGUCAGUGUGACCUCACACAACGCGCUCAAGGAUAAGACCACUGAAGCCACUUUUUUGGAACAGCCUGACUUUUCACAGCAGAUACACCACAGUAAAAAGCUUUUCAGUAUUCCAGAAGUAGCUGAAGAGGACGGGGAAUACCCUGAACUGCUGUACAAGCAGGGUUUAGGUAUGCCCUAUAAAAAGAACCCCAGAAUAGCUAGAGACUCUAGACCACCUAGGCCCUACAAUCAAGACCAGCAGCACAACCUCUGGUACCCAGCCAAGCACAGGAUCUCAGGCGCGGAGGAUUUUGGCGCCGACGACAGAGGAUGCAAGUACAGCCGGUCCCUCUCCAGGAGCCCAGACAGCGGGCUGGACUGUGGCAGCGAAGAGGAGGAGUCUCGUUUCAGUUUCAGAUCCACGUGUGACGCGGUCUGUGCCAACGUGGCCCCUCGCUGCUCCUGCAGGAAGAGCGCGAGGCCGCUGCUGGCCCGCAGGAAAACCCUGACCAGGCAAACCAGCAUCGAGGAAGAUUUCGGUGACCUGGGGCCUUCCUUUGCAGAGCCCAGGAGCGAACAGGCCAAGCCCGGUUAUGAGAGGAAGUAUGACAUCCAGAAAUGUAAUAGGACAGAUAAUUUCCCUAAUGAAGAUGUUCAGGGAGGCUGGAAGACCGACUUUAAGCUGGCUGACUCUAGGGCAGCUGGGCCACUUGCAAAGCCAUCCCACAGAGAUGCAGAAGACUCUCUGCUUUUAGGUAAUCCAGCAUCUGCAGGACGGCCUGAAAGGGUGGAGCAUGCAGGACGAAGGUCCUCUCAUGGCAGUGCAGUGCCACAAAGGUCUCGGCCAAUGUUGGUCCCUUCCAUUGAAAUUACAAUGGACAGUAACAGUGAAGGCGCUCGGUCUCGGUCAGGUAGUGAGGGAAAUAUUUCACCCGUAAAAGAAGAAGCUUAUUAUGGCAGCAUUGGACACAAGCAGUGGCCCCCGCAGCGUCCCAUGGCCCCUCACUAUGGACACGAUGGCUACGGUGGGCAUGACCAUCUUUCUCCAGAUCUUUAUGAAGAAUCCGAAACAGAUCCUGGCACAGAAGAUAUUUCUACUCGAAUAUUUGUUGCACUCUUCGACUACGACCCACUGACCAUGUCCCCGAAUCCUGACGCCGCGGAGGAAGAGCUGCCCUUUAAAGAAGGACAGAUCAUAAAGGUUUAUGGGGACAAAGAUGCCGAUGGAUUUUAUCGUGGAGAAACCUGUACAAGAAUUGGCCUUAUCCCAUGUAAUAUGGUCUCUGAGAUCCAAGCAGAUGAUGAAGAGAUGAUGGAUCAGCUUCUUAAACAAGGUUUUCUUCCUUUGAACACACCCAUUGAGAAAAUUGAGAGAAGCAGAAGGAGUGGCAGACAACAGCCAGUGACUACGAGAAGGAUGGUGGCACUGUAUGAUUAUGACCCAAGAGAAAGUUCUCCCAAUGUGGAUGUAGAGGCCGAGCUGACAUUCUGCACUGGGGACAUUAUCACCGUCUUCGGUGAGAUUGAUGAAGAUGGAUUUUACUAUGGUGAACUUAAUGGACAAAAGGGGCUGGUUCCUUCCAACUUUCUUGAAGAAGUGCCUGAUGAUGUUGAAGUCUUUCUAUCCGAUGCACCCUCGCGCUACGUUCACGACACACCGACGCGUUCGAAAGCAAAAAGGAAGAAGAGUGUUCAUUUCACACCUUAAUAAGGCAAUGUAGCCUUCACGUAAGUGAGCAACUGAAGAUACCAAUAGAGAUUUCAAUUAAAGCUACCUGGCUAUCUAAUGCAAGUCUUGAAACUUAAUUGUGGGGGAAAAGGAAAGAAAUAUGUCUCCAAAACCCUUGGCCACAGAAGAGCAGGCUGUAUGCUUUUGCUGCAUCUAGUCAAGUCAAUUGAGGUUUUUUUUAAGGAGACAAAUCCUUUAAAAAGGAAUCCUUGGAAGUCAAUUAGACCUCACUUUAUGAAGGUCAGCGUUUGGAACAUAUUUCUUCACGAGCUCAAUGUUUAUGUUUACAUAGAAAGGAGAGUUUGAUGUCUAACUACCCUACAAACAAAGCUGCAUAUUGCAUUGUUAGCCAACCUGGGAGGUAAAAAUUCCAAGCUCCUGUGUCAAGAGAAAAGCACAACAGCUCCAACCCUUACAGAACACCCAAGUGCAGCGUAAGCUGAUGCACACGGUAGUUUACAAGGGUAUAGUUGGUUUUGAAACUCAUUACACUCAAACAGAGCUACUUAAAUUGUCUGCCUUAAGAUGUGUUUUCCAUAAUCGAUUAUACCCCAGCUUGCCUAAGACCAACUAUUCAAACAAUCCCUUCCUAUGGUACAAUUGACUGGGAUUUUUUCCUAGAACGUGGACAUUUGAAAUAUUUAGCAACUGUUUGGUUUACCAAUGCAAUAAAAGUCUCGACCUGAAACAUGCAGCUCACUGAAUGAAUGCAUUAGACUCAAUAUAUGGUAUCUUCAGGUGUACGUUGGGGUGCUUUACCAAGUUGUUUUGGUUUUGUUUUGUUUUUUUUUUUCCAUUAGAAUUAGACCUUGAUUUAAAAUCAAAGUCGGCUUGAAGCCCCUUUGCUUAACUCACUGUUGCACAACAAGCCAGUAAAUUGCUGAUGUUUUAACUCCAAGCUAACAGGACUCCCUCCAGCAUGGAUUCUACUAUGAAAAUAUCAUCUUAAGUGAUAGUAACCCAUCUUGCCAGCUGGGCACCAUAGUUAGGAUAGGCUGAGUAUAAGCAAUUUUAGCAUUUUCAUCCAAGUGCUUUUGAUGACUGAAAAAAAAAAAAAAUAGCUGUUCAAAAUAUUUAGGAAUGCUGUCAUUUAACAACCUCAUAGCUGCAGCAUACACAUCAAGCAGUCAGGGUCUUUAAGCUUUCUUUGAUUGCAAUUAAGGUUCAUUUUAGCUUUUUCUUUUUCCUUUUUCUUUCUUUCUUUUUAUUUUUUUUUAAGCCAGUGUGCCAUCUUCUCUAAUCUGUACAUAAAGUUUGCUAGCCAAUUUUAAAGAAAAGGCAUUUAAAGGACAUUAAAAAGUAAGUGAACAUGUAGCAUUUUAAGUAAUUUCUUCUGAAAAGAGUUUGGCUUCUAUAGAUUGUUGAUCUGUAGUAAUUAACACAUUUAUUUUUCUUAAAUCUGUAGCUAAAAAUAUCCCUCUCCAUUUUAGUACUAUCAGAGUACUGAAAUGCAAAACCAAAGCCACUUUUGAGGCUUUUGUGGCCAGAAUUCUGGCAUGACAAGUGUGUCCAACUUUUCCUUUAAAAAGGUAUAACCAAACCAGGGCUCUAUUGGCUGGUUUUCUACUGUUCUACAGUUCCCCCCACCUCUAAAUUUAUGAAUUUUCCAUAAGCCCAAGCAGUAUUUUAAGCCACAGAGAAGAAAGGAACCAGCCCUUUCGCUUAAGUGGGUAAAUGGGACAAAGUGAUGUUACCAACUUUCUUGAUGCUGACAGCUUUGAAGCUUUCAAACAUUCAAUAAAUUAUAACAAUGUACCUAAUAGGUUCCUCCUGAGAAUACAGGUACAUCCCGGAGAGCACCAUCCCCCACAGUCCAUCUCCAUCCCGGGUCACCUCCGUCACCUGUGGGUUCUGGUAGUCCCGGGAGAGGCAGGGAUAUGUCCUCGAAAAAGAAAAAGGGGCUGCU